AUCGACAAAGGUCGGAAAUUCCCGAUAAUGAUUCCUAGAAUCUCGCCACGUAGAAAAAUCUAGUGUUGUUUACCUAUGUAAGCCCUGUUGUUUAAAGAAGCAAUAAGGAUCGUCCAUAGAAAGUUCACACUAGUAGAGAACUGUGCGUAUUGGACUUUACCUAAUCAACAGGAUAUACAAUGGCCAGCCAAAGUGAAGAGAAAAGAGCCACGUUCGUAAAACAACGGCUAGAAACCCUGCUCACAGAGAAGGCAACUUUGUAUGAAAAAAUAGACCAACACGUCAAAAUGGUGGAAGAUAGAACAAAUGCUUGGAUGAACAACCCUGGCUCAUCUCUUGAGAGCUACCUGGAUAUCUGUAGUCUACUGGAGACAGCAGUGGAUUCGAUUUCACAGAAGGCUGAUUGUUUUUCUGAGCCAGCAGGGGUUGGGAGUUUACCCAAAGGCCAGUGUGAUACAUCUUUCAAAACAAGAAUAUCUGAUGACAAAGAAGCCAAUAUAUUCGAUCGCCUUAAAAAGCUGGAAAUGGCCAUGUAUGCCCGUUCAGAUAUAAAAUCGACCAUCCAGGAAGAAUUCGAACAACUUUUAAGAGACCAAAAUAUAAAAGUUAAAACACUUGUUACUCAAUUGAACCAUCAGAGCCAGUCAAUAAAGAGGAUAAAAAUGGAAAUCAACUCCUUAAAUGCAAGCGAAUCCCAUUUAAACCAAAUAGUUGAAAAUCUGGCGAUUGACACAGAAACACAAUUUCAGGACGUGAUGUUGAAGUAUGGCGUGGUGUGUCAACUGUUUCAACAAAGAUUGUAUUCCAUGGAUAAAUUGAUUGAACUGUUCAAUCAGAAAAUGGAUGUGAGUAAACAAACAGAUGAAAAUAAACCUCAAACGACCACACAAUAAUUAACCGUUCUCCUUGCUUCGAGUAUCCUUUCAUUUGGUAUAUUGCUGUUUUUUUACACCAAAAUUUAAAGUGCUUUUUAUUUCACGUGAAUUAAACAUUACUAAGAUUUUUUUUUGCCGUUUGAUAAUUAAUGAUUUUAUUACUUACAGAUAUUAUUAUAUUUCUAACAUAGGUAAUUAAUACUUUUAUUUUUUACAUACUCUUUUAUAAAUUAUUGAGUUAGUGAUAUUUGCUGAAGUUAAGCUAAAACUAAAUACAAUAUUUUAAAAUAAUUUGAUUCAAUAAUUAAUUAUUAUUAGCAAUGCCGCAAAUGAUGGAUCCAAAUACUGGUUGUAUUGCUUCAAGUGCAUACAGAACAAAGUACAUCAUCAUCAUAUCGUUCAGACAAGUGAAAAGUAACGUUGGAAACCACCUUAACCCAAGUACUGGGGUUUUUAAAGCCCCUUUUAAUGGAUCGUUUACUGUGGUCAUUGCAAUCAGACAAACAGGGAUGCAGAAUGUAAUGGUGGAAGUUAACCGAACGGGUGGUGUUUCGUCUCCUUGGCAAAAUCAAGUCGGUAAAGUUUGUACUACACAGAAAAGUGGAGAAGUUUCCAUCUAUCGGUUGUAAAAUUUAAGGUUUUAACAGUUUCUGAUCCGUAAAUUUUGCCUAUGUGUUCUCUUAAAAAGCAUGUUUAUCUUAAAUGUAUUCAAACUGUUGUAUGUGCUAUAUUUUAAUUUAUGUAUUGAUUGCUAUUUAGUUGCUAAUGCACUCCCAUAUGUGUGGUGUAUUUUGUAACAGUUCUAAAAGAGCUAAAACACUAUACGAAUGACAAUGCUUUUUUUUUACUUUCUCGUACAUACGAGGUAUAGAAAAAGUCUUGUAAUCGUGCAAAAAAGAAAAACGAAUUUUUGCAAAUCUCGACGUUUUCGGGCUCCCUGAGUCGUAAAAACAUAUUUUGCAAUCUUGUCCGUAUGUCUGUGUCUGUGUGUCUGUGUGUCUGUAAACAAGAUAACUUGAGUGCCGUUACAGCUAGGUUUAUGAAAUUUCAUACAUAAGUAUUAUAUCAAAUCGUAAUCCCUAUCAGCUUUUGAGCGAUUUCCGAUAAUCGGAAGUGGAACUUUUUCUACUUUUAAUUUUACAAAAGCAUAUAACUUGAGUACUAUUUUUAAGAUAGAUAAAUGAAUUUCACAUGUAAGUAAAACAUCUAAUGCUCUGCCUUCUAUCAAAUUUUGAGUAAUUUCCGUUGACCGGAAGUAGUAAUUAACGCUAUUUCCGAUUUCUCAAAAAAACAACAAAAAAAAAACGCAUGUGAAUUUAUAAAGUACUAUUAAUAUCCCGCAUUUUUUUGCACAUUUUCAUUAGCGUUCUUUUGGUGUGCAAUUCUUUUUUCUACGAGAUUAUAUUCUGUUAUAAAAAGUUUAAGUAAUGUCCCGAGUUGCCAUCCAAUGUAGUGUUAUAUUAGAAUAUUCGAGAAAGUAUCGGGGAAUCACUUCAGGUUUAUUUUUAUCGCAAUGGUAACUGUAUCCUGUGAUGUAAUUGUGUCUAGAGAAUUUUAAAAAUAUCAUUCUCAAGCUUAUUUUAAACUUAUAUAAAUGUGAGUAUGCAUGUAAUAUAAACGAUUAUUAUUUAUUUAAAGUUUGUAAAACACAGUUUAAAAAAAAAUAAUGUAUUACAUUUGGAGAAAUGUAUUUAUUGUUUUAUUGUCGUGUAAACAAAUUCCUUACCCACUUGUAUGUCUAACUGUAUUACCUUUCUUGUGAGGUUAUUAUUAUUCUUAUUUGUAUAAAUUAUCUUUGAAUGUAAUAAUAAAUUUCAGUUUCUAAUGCAUUAUUCUUUGAGUAUCAAUUAGUUUCAUACCAAUUGGUGUAAUUUUAAAAUAAUAAUUUUAAAAAUUUCAAUUUAAAAUAAAUAAU